UAAAACUACACGAGAUCGCAAGAAAGUUUCCUACUUUUUAGCAGCAGCCCAUAAAUUAUUAAAGGAUGAUAAUUUAAGGUUUGAUGUAUCAUCCUAUGGUGUUCUUUUGUCUGCGUGAAAUUAUAAACAGAAUACGUGCAUCGUGAGUGAUUUCUUCCAUUCCCUGUUGUCCGGCUUUGUCACAAAGAUGUAUCCAGUGUUUCUGUGUGUCGGAUUUUUCGUCUUUGCCAAUGGCUACGUUAAUGUCGCCUUCAACAAACCAGCAUACAUGCAGUACCCAUUCAAACCAGGUGACGACACAUGGGACGCCAGUAACGCUGUAGACGGACGUAAAUCAAACCUGAGUAGUGGUGGAGGUCAAUGUGCUGGAUCAUAUCUGAAACCAACUGCCACCUGGUGGGUCAACCUGACCACCAUCCACAGCAUCCACCACAUCACCAUCUAUUUCAUGACGCACAAUGAUCCAUGGGGUCCUUCUAAUGACCUCACUGAGUAUUUCCUUGGAUUCUCGGUGUACGUCUCCAAUACAACAGACAGACUACAGGGAACACUGUGUUACAAGGACGACAACUUUACACUAGACACCAUACCUGCUGUCUUCAACAUCACCUGUCCUGUACAUGGACAGUACGUCAUCUACUACAACGAGAGACAACCAAGAGUUACCUAUCCAGAUGACUACUCUGAUAAUGUUAGCACCGACCUCUGUGAGCUGGAGGUGUAUGGUUGUCCUUCUACCGGAUGUUACGGGUCAGGCAAUAUCCUCCCCUGUCCAGACGUCAACUGUCAGUACUGUCACAUAGAGACGGGCACCUGUCAGGGCUGUAAACCUGGAUAUCGAGGUUACCGAUGUGAACUAGCUUGCGACGAAGGAUUAUUUGGAUCCGAAUGCAAAGAGAUAUGUGGACACUGUCGUGAUGUAAACCAGUGUUCCAAUAUCAAUGGGACAUGUUUAACUGGAUGUGAUGCUGGUUAUCUAGGGGGCUUGUGUAGAACUCCAUGUGACAGAGGGUUGUAUGGUUCUGAAUGCAAUGAAACAUGUGGACAAUGUCGUGACGUAAACCAGUGUUCCAAUAUCAAUGGAGCAUGUUUAACGGGAUGUGAUCCUGAUUAUCAAGGAGACUUGUGUAAAACUCCUUGUCCCGUUGGAUAUUUUGGACAAAACUGUUUGGAGACAUGCAUCAACAGUUACACGUGUGAAGGUUGUAACGAUGUCGGUGGAACAUGUGAUUAUGGCUGCCGUCCUGGCUGGAUCGGAUACUUCUGUCAAAAAAGUAAGGAUCUUUAUUUAAUUAUUUUCGUGUUUAAUUUUUUAUUUAAAAGAAAUCAUCAAUAA